GCGGGGCCUCCCUCCUCCCCGCCCGCCCAUGGAUUUCACAUAGCAGCCGCCGCCUCCGCCGCCGCCUCCUCCUCCUCCUCCGCCGCUCCAUGGCGGCUCCUGCUCCGCGGCCGCCCGGCCUGUGCUGCUGUCGCAAGGGCUCCGCGGCCGGGCCGGAGGCGCCGCCGGCCCCGCCGCCGCCUCCCGAGCCGCCGCCGGACGUGGCGUCGGCGUCCAGCUCGCAGCUCUUCAGCCUGAGGCACCUGCACCUGGGGCUGGAGCUGCGGCCCGAGGCGCGGGCGCUGGCGGGCUGCCUGGUGCUGGAGCUGUGCGCGCUGCGCCCGCAGCCCCGCGCCCUGGUGCUGGACGUGCACCCGGCGCUGCGCGUCCUCUCGGCCGCUUUCCGCCGCGCCGCGGCCGGGGAAGCGCCCUGCGCCUUCGCCUUUUCGCCCAGCCGCCCUGCUCCCUGCCCGCUCGGCUUCAGGGUGGACCCCUUCACCGACUACGGCUCCUCCCCCCACCUCUCCCUGCCCGCCGCCCUCCAGCCGCACCAGCCCUUCCAGAUCAUCGUCCGCUACACCACGGCCGACGGCCCCGCCAUCUGGUGGCUGGAUCCAGAGCUGACAUAUGGCAAUGCCAAGCCCUUUGUCUUCACACAGGGACACUCAGUGUGUAACCGCUCCUUCUUCCCCUGCUUUGACACCCCUGCAGUGAAAUGCACCUACUCAGCCACUGUCAAGGCUCCAGCAGGCAUACAGGUGUUGAUGAGUGCCACCCAAAGUUCCUACCUAGAAGAGGAAGGUGUAUAUCAAUUUUACAUGGAAUAUCCAGUUCCUGCUUACCUAGUGGCCCUGGUGGCUGGAGACCUCAUACAUGCAGACAUAGGUCCAAGGAGCAGAGUGUGGGCAGAGCCUUGCCUGCUGCCAACAGCCAUCAGCAAGCUUUCUGGCAUUGUUGAACGCUGGUUGACUGCUGCAGAGAGUCUGUAUGGCCCCUAUAUAUGGGGAAGAUAUGACAUUGUUUUUCUUCCUCCUUCCUUCCCUAUUGUUGCCAUGGAAAACCCAUGCCUGACCUUCAUCAUCUCUUCCAUUCUGGAGAGCGAUGAGUUUUUGAUCAUUGACGUCAUUCAUGAAGUUGCCCACAGCUGGUUUGGGAACGCGGUCACCAACGCCACGUGGGAGGAGAUGUGGCUGAGCGAGGGCCUGGCCACCUACGCGCAGCGCCGGAUCACCACCGAGACCUACGGAGCUGCCUUCACGUGUUUGGAGACUGCAUUCCGCCUCGAUGCUCUCCACAGACAGAUGAAGCUCCUUGGAGAAGACAACCCGGUCAGCAAGCUUCAGGUUAAACUGGAGCCAGGUGUAAAUCCCAGUAAUUUAAUGAACCUCUUCACCUAUGAGAAAGGCUACUGCUUUGUUUACUACCUGUCCCAGCUCUGUGGUGACCCCAGACACUUUGACUCCUUCCUAAGAGCCUACAUUGAGAAGUAUAAAUUUACCAGCGUUGUGGCUCAAGAUCUUCUGGAUUCCUUCCUGAAUUUUUUUCCAGAGCUGAAAGAGCAAUGUGUUGAGAGCAAAGCAGGACUGGAGUUUGAACGUUGGCUCAAUGCUACAGGACCUCCGUUAGCUGAGCCAGACUUAUCUCAGGGAUCCAGUCUGACCAGACCAGUGGAGACACUCUUCAAACUCUGGACCACAGAGCCUCUGGACUCUGUUGCUGCUGCCAGCAGUGUUGACCUCACUAAAUGGAGAACGUUCCAAACUGUGCUUUUCCUGGACAGAUUGCUGGAUGGAUCACCACUGCCACAUGAGGUGAUAAAAAAGCUCUCGGAAUGUUACUCCUCUCAGCUGGACUCCAUGAAUGCAGAAAUCCGUAUCCGCUGGUUGCAGAUUGUAGUCCGAAAUGACUAUUACCCAGACCUUUACAAAGUCCGUCGCUUCUUGGAAAACCAGAUGUCUCGGAUGUACACAAUUCCACUUUAUGAGGACCUUUGCACUGGCACUCUCAAGUCUUUUGCCUUAGAAAUUUUUUACCAGACCCAAAACCAGCUGCACCCCAAUUUGCGGAAAACGAUCCAACAGAUCUUAUCCCAGGGCUUGAAUCCACUUCCUGCCAUAGACACUACAGCAGUCACUACAGACACACCAGCAAUGGUGCUUGAGGACAAAGUCUCAGAGGCCACAAAUGGUGCCAUUUCACUCAGGGAUGUCAACGUGUCUGCUUAGAUCACCAGUUCAUGCCAGCCACAAAGCUUGAAAAUGGGGACAGGAACAGAGGAAAGAUACCAAGCGUUGCCUCCUUUCCCUCAGCCUUGCAGCUGCAGUGUGUUGUAACUGGAUUUCUCUCCCAAAACACAAAGCAAAUGUGCCUUCAAGUAUCCAGUGUGUAAUACUGCCAGGUUUCAGAGAUCUCCACCAGCUGUGUGACAAAUAUUUGGUUCAGUUUUUACUGGGCAGGGACUCCUGGGCUGUUGCUUCUCCAUGGAAAGUGGAUAGUUCCCUUUCCUGAGGCUCUUCUGGAUGGUUUCUUCGGAUUUGUUGUUUGAUGGGAGGGUAUUCUUUUUCUUCUUAUUUUUUCUUUUUUUUUUUUUUGUCUGAGGCCACUGAGGCUGUGGAGUAUGUCCUACUUGCUGUGUGUAUGUUGCUGGGGAGUGUGUAUGUGUCAAGCUGUCAUUGUCCUAAUAUUUGGGCUAAAGUUCUGCAAAGGAGAGACUCAGGAAUUGUUAGUGGCAGCAAACAUGUUUUCAUGUUAUGCUCCUUCCUGUGACAGAGGUAUUGUGAUUUGGAAGGAAGGGGACUAAUGCUUAAAUGAGAGACUAAUAGCUUCUGUUCCCCCCUGCCCAUAGGUGGCUAAAUAAUAAUAAUAAUAAUGCUCUUUAAAUAUAUUAAGAAAUAUAUAAAAAAGAACAGGGAAACAUUAUGAUGGAUUUGAAAUCCUUCUGUAGUUAACCCUAUUCUCAGUUUUCCCUUUGCACUCAAUGGGACAAGCAAUAAAGAAAUGUGUAGGCUUGAAUUUUCAACGUUAAAAUUAGGUUCCCAAAUGCCAUCAAUUUUGGUACUAUCUGGAUGCCUAAAUCUUUUUAACUGUUUUGACAAGUCUAGCUGCAACCUUUGCUCGUGUGUCAGGAUGUGUGGCACAUGCAUCACAUGCACUCUGUGUGUCUUCUAUUCUGUCCUUUUGGAGGAAUUACCAAGACCUGUAAUUUUUUUAAGAACCCCAGCAUAUCUUGGCCUGUAGGUCAGCCAUGAAAAUACCCAUGCUAAGAUUUUACUGCCUUGAAUAAUGUUUGCCUGAAUAACAGUGGCCCUGUCAUACAAUAAUCUGAGGGAAGCACCAUGUUUCUUGAUGUGAAACUUUUAAGUCCCGCUUUACCCAAGUCUGUUUUCUGACUUAUGGUGGGAGUAAGGUGCCAUUUCAUUUCCCUGGCAUGCUGUUUCUCUGGAUCACUGGCCAGCCAUGCAGGAUGAGAAGAUACUGUCUUCCUUCUGUGCUGUAUGGUCUCAGGAAGCCAAGGGCAAAGUGUCCUGGGGUAUUGUAGGGUACAGGUGACGGUUCUUAGAUCUGUGCCACAAACCUUUUAAUAUGUGGAUACCUGUGUGCUCUCUGUGAGCUCCCACAAGGCAUCUCUGAGCUGAUGCAUCACCAGGAUAGUAUGAACAAAAGGCAAAACAUCUGGAAAAGACUCAGCUAACCAGAGAUGUAAGAGAGAAAUUGUUCUAUACUUCAGGGCAAAUUUUAGCCCUGCAAUGGGGAUCUGCAUAGACAGGAAGAGGAGGAAAUUUGGGAGGGCUUUGUUUUCUUCACCAAAAGUAUCUGCAUAGACAGGAAGAGGAGGAAAUUUGGGAGGGCCUUGUUUUCUUCACCAAAAGUAUCUGUUUACACCCAUGUGUGGAUGGGACUUAGGUGCUGUUACUGGAUCUGCAUUUUCUGGCUUUAAAUUAAUUUGGACUUCACCAUAGCCUUAGCCUGGGCUGAACUGGGAUAAAGCAAUAAUAAACUCAGGCCUCUGUAGUGCUUCAUUAGUUUUAAAAAUGGGCCAUCAGCAUUUUUGGGCUUCAGAACUCCAAGCUCUGCUCUUUGCUCCUUGAAUGGGAUUAUCUUUUAAAUUCUGUUUUGUUUUCCCAGAAAGGAUGGAGAAUGAUGUUUUCUACACAAAUCUCUUUCCUUUUCAUUUGUUGUUUUGUUGAAAGAGAUUUGUACAAGCUGACUUUACACUUCUGGAGCUGCCGCUGUUGGUGCUGUGUCUCCUGGACCCCACUGCCAGCAGUGGCAGCCUGGUUGAGACCAGGAACCACUAGCAUUUUUUGGAAUCACAGGCCUCUGUUCUAACAUAUUUUAUUUAGUGGGAGAAUGUUUGUUACCCUGGUGGGAAUUUUUCAUUUACAUGGAUGCCUUAUGAUGAUUGUCAAAUUAAACUAAGCUUUGUGACAAGUUCA